CAGCUCGCCCAGCUCGCCGCCGGCUCCUCCGCGUCCAACCCGCCCGCCGGCCCCAACUCGCCUCCAACUCGCCCGCCGCUCCUCCACCCAGAGGCGGAUCCAAGGCCCGGCGAGCCGGGGCGCCUGCCCGGGCUCCAUGAUGAGCGCCUGUGGACCUUCCUCAUAGGUCAGCCCGGGCAAAGAAAAGCGACCGCUGGCAGCCCAACUCAAAUACUCUUACUUCAGCCCAGCUGCCCAGGCUCCCCAGAAACUCUAGGUCCGCCACUGCCUCCACCCCCAACUCGCCCGCCACUCCUCCGCGCCAUGGACAACUACAACUACAGGGACUUCAUGUCUCAGGGAUCUUCUUCCGGUGCCCGUACCUUCCACACAUCCCAGGAAGAUGCGGACGAGGAUGACUUCGGCCCGUUUGCUUCGCCGCCGGCCUCCUACCUGUCCGCUUCCCGGCGCCACAUGGAGCACUUGGACCUCAACUCAGAGGGUGGUGCCUUCCCUAAUAUUGGGUCGUACCAGGCAUUCUUGCAGGGAGCUGCAACUGGUUUGGAGCUGCAGCUCCCUCCUCGGGCCCCUGCAAGGAGGGUGGGAGCAGGCAGUGGCGCAGGGCGUGGUCGCGGGUCCAAGACAGCUGCGGGCGGGGGACGAGGUGGACGCAAAGGUUCACGUGGAGGAAGAUCUGGCAGCCGUGGGGGAGCAAGAUUAGGAGGAGGUCGCGGUGCAUCUUCCUCUGGUGGUCAGGGCUUCGACAAUCCACUUGAUGUUGAUGCUGGUGACGAAGAAGAUGACGAUGGCACUGAAACUCCCUCCCAUGGCACUGAAACUCCCUCCCAGGAAGAAGAUGACUCAGAAGAUGAUUAUUGGGACGAAGAGGACGAUGACAGAGAGGAAUAUGAUCGAAGAGUACAAGAGUUCAUGUUGAGGUGUCGGAAGAAGAGGAGGAAAAUCAUAAUUACGGCUGCUGCUAUGUUGGGUAUGUACCACUUUGACACUUAUAUGAACAAAGGAGAUUAUAGAGUACCAACAGAAAGUGGGUUUGAAUGGGUCAUGAAGACAUUAGGAAAUAGAACAUCUUGCUUCAAUAUGUUUAGAAUGAGUCAGGAAUUGUUUCUGAGGUUGCACAGUUUGCUAGUUGAUUCAUAUGGAUUAAAGUCAACUAGGAAGAUGUCAUCUAUAGAGGCUCUAGGCCUGUUUUUAUGGAUAUGUGGUGCACCUCAAUCAGUUAGACAAGCAGAGGACCGAUUCACAAGAUCACUGGAGACUAUAUGUAGAAAGUUUGAUGAAGUACUAGAGAGUGUAAACAAGCUGGCAGUGGACAUCAUUAAGCCAAAGGACCCUGAGUUUAGGAGCGUGCAUUCUAGGUUGCAAUCCCCUAGGUUCACACCCUUCUUUGACAACUGCAUUGGAGCAAUAGAUGGUACUCAUAUUCCAGUUGUAGUGCCAACUAGCUUGGUAGUACAACAUACGGGCAGGCAUGGAUAUACGAGUCAGAAUGUCAUGGCCAUAUGUGACUUUGAUAUGAGGUUCACUUUUGUGGUGGCGGGAUGGCCUGGGUCAGUUCAUGACAUGAGGGUGUUCAAAGAUGCCAUUGAGAAGUUUGGAGACAAAUAUCCGCAUCCACCUGAAGGUAAGUUCUACCUUGUUGACUCGGGUUACCCAAACCGAUCAGGAUAUCUUGCACCGUACAAAGGAACCAAGUACCACCUGCCAGAGUUUAGACAAGGGCCAAUGCCAAGAGGUAAAAAAGAACUAUUUAAUUACACCCAUUCUUCACUUCGUAACGUCAUUGAGCGGUCAUUUGGAGUUUUAAAGAUGAAGUGGAGGAUAUUGCUUGACCUACCUAGCUAUCCUAUGCAAAAGCAAAGCGAAAUAAUUAUUGCGUGCAUGGCACUUCAUAAUUUCAUUAGAGAGAGUUUUAUAGGGGAUGCAGACUUUGAUUUGGUUGAUCAUGAUGAGAACUAUGUUCCGUUCACCGAAGGAACAUCUUCUGAUGGUAAUGUGUCAAGUAUACGUCAUGGAGAUGAAGAUCAAAACAUGAACGAAUUCCGUGAUUGGAUUGCCGAUGGUUUGUUUAGUAGAUCAUAGAUUUGAACUUUUAAUGGUGAUUUGUGUAUUGCUUUGUGGAAUUUUUGUAUGGAUGAA